GUCUCUGGUCACGGGUGUUGGUGAAACGGGUGUUGAUAGUGACGUCAGUCAGAAUGGCUCCUCCUCUUCCUCUGAUCUUUCUGAUCAUGAUACACGGGGUUUCUAGUGCUGACUGGGGUGUGAGUUACAGUCCUUCACACAUCUGUGCACUAAAGAACUCAUCAGUGAUAAUGAACUGCACUUAUACAUACCCUACUGGACAUCAGAUCACGAAAACGUUCUGGACCAAAACACUGGUAAAAUAUAAUGGAGAGUAUCCAGAUCUGUCUGAGGACCCUGAAUACAGUCAGAGGCUUCAGUAUCUGGGAGAUAAACAGCAGAACUGCACCAUCAGACUGAGUCAUGUGACACUGAUGGAUUCACACGAGUACUAUUUCAGAUUCAUCACUGAUAAAGACAAAUGGACUGGCAUUCCAGGAGUGACUCUUACUGUCACAGAUCUUCAGGUGGAGUCUCCUGAGAGAGUGACAGAGGGAGAUUCAGUCCGUCUGACAUGUAAAAGCAGCUGCAAUCUGACUGACAGAGCAACAUUCAUCUGGUACAGAAACUCACAGCCAUUAACUGAGAGAAGAGACAGAAACAAUGAACUCCUGCUGCAGUCAGUCAGAAGAGAGGAUGCAGGCAGAUAUAGCUGUGCUGUACACGGACACAAUCACAUCUCUCCUGCUGUUCAGAUCAAUGUCACGUACCCUCCCAGGAACGUGUCAGUGUUGAUAACUGGAUCCGGUGAAAUAGUAUCAGGAGAUUCAGUGACUCUGAUCUGCAGCAGUGAUUCAAACCCUCCUGCAGAAAUCAGCUGGUUUAAAGGAGGAACGUUUGUAGGAUCUGGAAGAAUCUACAACAUCUCAAAGAUCAGCUCUGAUGACAGUGGAGAAUACAAGUGCAGAUCCAUCAAUGAACAUGGAGAGAAAUACUCUGAUGCUGUGACUUUAAAUGUCAUGUACCCUCCCAGGAACGUGUCAGUGUUGAUAACUGGAUCCAGUGAAAUAGUGUCAGGAGAUUCAGUGACUCUGAUCUGCAACAGUGAUUCAAACCCUCCUGCAGAAAUCAGCUGGUUUAAAGGAGGAACGUUUGUAGGAACUGGAAGAAUCUACAGCAUCUCAAAGAUCAGCUCUGAUGACAGUGGAGAAUACAAGUGCAGAUCCAUCAAUGAACAUGGAGAGAAACACUCUGAUGCUGUGACUUUAAACGUCAUGUAUCCUCCAAAGAGCGUCUCAGUGUCCAUCAGUCCAUCUGGUGAAAUAGUGUCAGGAGAUUCAGUGACUCUGAUCUGCAGCAGUGAUUCAAACCCUCCUGCAGAAAUCAGCUGGUUUAAAGGAGGAAAGUUUGUAGGAUCUGGAAGAAUCUUCAGCAUCUCAAAGAUCAGCUCUGAUGACAGUGGAGAAUACAAGUGCAGAUCCAUCAAUGAACAUGGAGAGAAAUACUCUGAUGCUGUGACUUUAAACGUCAUGUAUCCUCCAAAGAGUGUCUCAGUGUCCAUCAGUCCAUCUGGUGAAAUAGUGUCAGGAGAUUCAGUGACUCUGAACUGCAGCAGUGAUUCAAACCCUCCUCCAGAAAUCAGCUGGUUUAAAGGAGGAACGUUUGUAGGAUCUGGAAGAAUCUACAGCAUCUCAAAGAUCAGCUCUGAUGACAGUGGAGAAUACAAGUGCAGAUCCAUCAAUGAACAUGGAGAGAAAUACUCUGAUACUGUGACUUUAAAUGUCAUGUACCCUCCCAGGAACGUCUCAGUCUCCAUCAUUCAGUCUGGUCAGAUUUGGGCAGGAGAUUCAGUGACUCUGAUCUGCAGCAGUGAUUCAAACCCUCCUGCUCUGAACUUCAGCUGGUUUAAGGAGAAUGAAAGCUCAGCUGUUGGAUCUGGACAGAGUUUCAGUGCACUACAGAGUGGACGCUUCUACUGUCAGGCUCACAAUCAACAUGGAUCUCAGAGAUCAGACGCUGUAACUGUCACAGAUGGUUUUGAUUCAGGACACAGUACAAACCUGAGCGUAGCUAUUGUGAUCGUAGUUAUAUGUGCAGUUCUAUUUCUUGUCUGCAUCAUCAUGUUCAUAAGGAAGAGAAAAUGUGCUGGAGUGUUGGACCUAAAGAAGAAGCAGGUUAAACAACCUUUCAGCGCUGACAGAAACCACUCUGAUGAUGGUCUGUACGCCAGAGUCUCACCCAGGAGAACCAGAACAGAUCUGACCGCAGGAAAAACUGAAUCCACAGAUUCUCAGAAGAUCAGCUACGCAACUAUCCAACACACCAGGAACAAUGAAGACAACUAUGAAAAUCUGAGAAUGGACCAUCCUGAUCCUGAUGUGAGAUCCGGUGGUGUGAAGGUGAUUUACAGCACGGUCAAAUGAUUCAGGACCCAUCAAAUGGAUUGAAAAUGAAGCUGUAAACAGUCACUUUGUCAUUCAUUUACUGCAGCUUUGAUUCAGAUGUUUAUAAUAGUGAUUUAAAUGUGUGUCAUUGCACUAGUUAAGUCAUUUACUUCUCCUUCGCUGUUGGCUGUCUGUAGGAAGUAUCGGUCAGAUGUACCAAUACCACAGGCUACAAAAUUUUCCAUGGUGGUUAUUUACAUCAUUGUGUCUAGGUCUUCGUAAGACUGUGGUUUGGUGCAUCUGAGUGGGAAGUUACAGAAUCUACUAGCUAAAAUUAAACACCUUUCAAAACACUUUCUGUUAAUAGCAUGUUUUGUAACAUUUCCAAAUGUUUGUGUAAUUUUCCAUGAAUUGCUGUUUCUGUGUUAUUUUGCCAUUUUGUGCCUUAGUCACUCUUCAGUGAGUCUUUGUGUCUGUAGCUUCCCUCUCUUUGUAUAUUUAAAAUCUUUUCAUAGAACAUGGUUUGUUGUUUGACAUGCACACGUAUAUAUUCAUAUAUGUUUUGUGUAUCAGUAUAUUUUAAGACUUAAAUAAAGAUUAUGUAAUACAAUGUU